AUAUAAUAAUCGGAUGCAUGUAAAAGAGUCGGGGAGCUUCGACAUGUCCACCACGGGUCCCAUAAGCAAUUAUUAUGUGGACUCCUUGAUCAACCACGAGAGCGAGGAUGUCAUCGCGACUCGGUUUUCGGCGCCCGCUUCGCACCCCGCCGGCCCUCGUCCGACGUCCCUGGUACCGGAGUGCGUGGACUACCCGUCCUGUAGUUUCGCACCGAAGCCGCCCGUUUUCUCUACCUCCUGGGCCCCCGUGCACUCACAGUCAUCAGUGGUUUACCAUCCAUACAGUCACCAACCUCAUUUAGGCACAGACUCGAGGUACAUGCGCUCGUGGCUGGAGCCGAUCUCCGGUGCCAUGCCUUUCCAUGGCUACCCGGCGAACGGCAGACACUAUGGGCUAAAGACCGACGCCUUCCAGGAGCACAGAGCCGGCGAGUGCCUGGGCUCCGGCGGACGCACGUACACGGAUUAUCUCUACUGCUCCUCCGCUGACGUGCGAGACAAGACGCAGCACAACACCCCGUCUCCGGAGUCGGAGCUGCAGGCUUCGGGGAAGCAUAAAGACGAGAAACCCGAGCUAGACCCGAAUAACCCAGUGGCAAACUGGAUACACGCGCGCUCCACAAGGAAGAAGCGCUGCCCUUACACAAAGUACCAGACUCUCGAACUCGAAAAGGAGUUUUUGUUUAACAUGUACCUGACCAGAGACCGCCGGUACGAGGUGGCUCGGGUCCUGAACCUGACGGAGCGCCAGGUCAAAAUCUGGUUUCAGAACCGGCGCAUGAAGAUGAAGAAAAUGAACAAAGAGAAGACCGACAGCAAAGAACAAUAA